UCAUACACUUGAAUGUGUAGUUGUGAGUUGUUGUGUUGUUGAAAACAUGGCGGUAACAGUAUCACCGAAAGACGUUGGCACGUUUUUAAGUCAAAAACAAAAUGUCUCAGACAAGGAAUUGGCUGCAGAAUGGGGACAAUUGGAAGAGCUCUACAAUAAACGACUUUGGCAUCAGCUGACGCUGAAAUUAGAAACUUUUGUUAAGCAUCCAGCUUUACAGAAGGAAGACAAUUUGGUGCAACUUUAUAAUAAUUUCCUAUCGACUUUCGAAAAUAAGAUCAAUCCACUUUCACUCGUUGAGAUUCUAGUUCACGUGAUAGCGCAAUUUCCAGAUAAACAGGAAGCAAUAACCUUUUUGGAGAAAACGGAGGCAAAAGUAAAAAGUAAUAAUGAAGCACUGUCACUUUGUAAAGUUCUUGCUGGUCAAAUUCUCCUCGAUAUUCUCAAUGAUCAAGAUAGAGCGAAGAAAAUCAUUGAGGAUGUGGAAGCAAUGCUCGAUAAUGCCGAUGGAAUAACUUCGGUUCACGGAAGAUUUUAUCUUUUAGCUAGCCGCCUUUAUCGAUUACAAGGGAAGCAUGCAGAAUAUUACCGAACUGCCUUAAGAUAUUUAGGUUGCAUUGAGUUGAAUACCUUGAGCAAGGCGGAACAGGAGCAACAUGCAUUUUUCUUAGGUCUCGCCGCCCUUCUAGGAGAAGGUGUUUACAAUCUCGGCGAACUAUUGGCACAUCCAAUUCUCGAAUCGCUGAAGGAUACGGCGAAUUCCUGGCUUGUUGACUUACUCCAAGCAUUUAAUGCCGGCGAUAUUGCCGCCUUGGAGAAAUUAAAACCACAAUGGAGCAAAGUUGCUGAUCUCGCGGCUCAAGAACUGAAAUUAAGACAAAAAAUUUCCCUCUUGUGCCUCAUGGAAAUGACAUUCAAACGACAGGCGAAUAAUCGACAACUAACAUUUACGGAAAUCUCCCAAGAGACUCGUCUGCCAAUUGGAGAAGUCGAACUCCUGGUUAUGAAGGCCCUGGCACAGGGAUUAGUUCGAGGUGCAAUUGAUCAAGUCGCUGGAACUGUGAAUAUGACCUGGGUUCAACCUCGUGUUUUAGAUCGAACACAAAUUGCUGGAAUGGUACAGCGGCUGGACGGUUGGUGCAAGGACGUGAACACUAUGGAAAAUCUUUUAGAGACACGGGCUAACGAAAUUCUCACACUUUGAAGAUCUUUUUUCAUUCUUUCAUUCACAAAAUUUUGUGUUUUUUUGUUUAUUUACGACAAACGUCCAUAACUGUCUCUUCAAAAAUGCGUAUGAAUGAAGUGCAGUAGUUUUUUUUCAGUAACAGGAUAAUACUUUUUCCAAGUGCUACGUUCGGAGUGAAUGUUUAACUUAAAUAUUUACAAUAAAAAUUAUGAAUUAACGCUUA